CGGCUGCUGCGUCACAGUCAGUCCGACUGCCAGGCCGUGCGUGUGAGGCAGUUAGCUCCUUCUCUCUUUAUUUUAUUAUAUUUCCAGACCAGCGUGUCCGGCACGGCAGAGCCUUUCACCUGGUGUCCCGUGGAGGAAACCCCUUUAAGGCCGGAUGGUCAAGACCUCCGUUCAGCGCAUUUUGAAUAGUCACUGUUUUGCUAGAGAGAAAGAAGGAAACAAAAUGCCAUCCGUGACGUUUAGUAGUAAUACUAGUACCGAAAGUCCCAGGCUGUCGUCCAAUUGCUGUCGUAACCUUAGUCCGGGGCCUCUGUGGUGUUCCGAUGUCCCUCACCCACCCUUGAAGAUCCCAGGUGGGCGAGGGAAUGGUCAGAGGGAUCACAAUCUUGCAGCUAACAUACUGUAUUCAGAUAAUCGGCUGAGUGUAACAGAAGAUUUGAGUGCAAAUGGCAGGACUAAGAUUCUCCACUUCCAGUCCAAGCUUACUGAUGCAAGAGUUGUUCACUGGAGAGCAGUACUGAAUAAUAACAAUCUGUACAUUGAACUCCCAGUUGGGGUCUUGCCAGAAGGAAGCAAAGAAAGUUUUGCCAUCCUGCUUGAAUUUGCAGAAGAACAUCUUCAAGCUGAGCAUGUGUUCAUUUGCUUCCACAAGAACAGGGAUGAUCGAGCUUCACUGCUUCGCACAUUUAGCUUUCUUGGCUUUGAGAUUGUGAGACCUGGACAUCCCCUCGUCCCAAAAAGACCAGACGCUUUCUUCAUGGUGUAUACAUUUGAAAGAGACUCAUCUGAUGAAGAAUAAACUUGUGCUUUUAUCUUGCUCUCCUGUUUUGGGUUUUUUUGUUUUGUUUGUCUCAUCUGUGAAGGUAUAUUGGUGAAAUUCUGUCUUAUCUAGCAUUGCAGCCUCAGGAGAAUCUUCAGGUUCAGUGGUGGUCACUUGGAUAAUUUCACUUGUACUGUAUCUCAGUUUGCAUGUUAUGAUUAUAACAAAUAAAUUGCUCACCAUGAAAUUAACUGCAUACACUUUUUAGUUUUGGUUGACAUGUUUCAUUAAUCUUAAAUAAAAUUUAUUUUUACUGUUGAA